ACAAGAAACCGGCAACCCUAGACAAGAAACCGGUAACCCUAGACAAGAAACCGGCAACCCUAGACAAGAAACCGGUAACCCUAGACAAGAAACCGGUAACCCUAGACAAGAAACCGGCAAUCCCUAGACAAGAAACCGGUAACCCUAGACAAGAAACCGGCAAUCCUAGACAAGAAACCGGUAACCCUAGACAAGAAACCGGCAACCCUAGACAAGAAACCGGUAACCCUAGACAAGAAACCGGCAACCCUAGACAAGAAACCGGUAGCCCAGACAAGAAACCGGUAACCCUAGACAAGAAACCG